AUGUUGUUGUCUCCGCUCCGCUGGGGGUUGUGCUCACUCCGUGCUGGGCGUCUCGCAUCCACCCGCCGAAUGAGCCACUUGGGGAGAGAAACAGAGCAUAUAUUUCCCUCGCUCCACCCGAAGUUGGCGGUUGAGGAGCGGUUCCCAUUGUCAACACUUGACCUGAUCGUCACGCAGAAUUACAGUACCUGGGCUCUGAUCUUCAAGCUAGACAACCCAACAGACAUCCCCGUCAUCACAAAGACGCUGCGGCACGCUGUGCAAGCCACGCUGGCGCAAUGCCGCCAUAUGGUGGGCACCAUCGAGAGGGACGCGCAGGGCAACUUUGCCAUCGUGAAAAAGCCCGACAGUACGGUCCCCUUUGUUGUUGACCAUCUUGACGGUCCCUCCUACGCCGAAAUCGAACAGGCAGGCUUUGCAUCAGCCAGUUUGGGGGACCCGGCGUCUUUCACCAUCCCCGGCAUGACGAUGGCUUGCCAUUGCCCUCCAAAUGCGAGCCCACGCAUCUCAGGGUACCAGCUAACCUUUAUUCCGGGGGGGCUUCGUCUUCACUGUGCACAAGCAUCAUUCUGCCAUGGAUGUCACGGGGACGACCAGCCUCAUCCACCAAAUCGCCGGGCAUAG